GCAAGCUGAUCAGUUCAGUGCUAGUACAUCAAAAGAAUUCUAUCGUGUGUCCCUAACAUAUAUAGAAAUCAUGUCGGCGGCUGGACCAGAAAUAAUAAACGGCUCCGCCGCUACGGUGACGUCCACUGGACUAUCGGCAUCUACCGUUUUUUUCUGCCUUUUGAUACCUGCGCUAGUCUUAUAUUACAUCUACUUCAAGAUUUCCCGUCGUCAUAUGAUUGAGUUAGCAGAAAAAAUACCGGGUCCUGAUGGCUUACCAUUAAUUGGAAACGCGCUAAUGCUCCUAGGAAGCUCCGACACCGUCUUUCGUACUGUGUACAGAAAGUCCUUCGAGUUUGACCACAUAAUUAAGCUCUGGCUCGGACCAAAGCUUUUAGUCUUUUUAAUGGAUCCGCGCGACGUCGAGAUUAUUUUAUCCAGCCACGUUUAUAUCGACAAAUCCUCCGAAUAUCGAUUCUUCAAGCCCUGGCUUGGCAACGGACUCCUCAUCUCCACCGGUCCGAAAUGGCGUGCCCAUCGCAAAUUGAUCGCGCCAACAUUCCACUUGAAUGUGCUAAAGAGUUUCAUCGACCUGUUCAACGCUAACUCGCGCGCCGUGGUGGAAAAGUUGCGUAAAGAGGGAAAUAAGGAAUUCGAUAUUCACGAUUAUAUGUCUGAAUGCACGGUCGAAAUCCUUCUCGAGACAGCCAUGGGCGUCUCCAAAUCCACGCAAGACCGAAGCGGUUUCGAAUAUGCCAUGGCUGUUAUGAAGAUGUGUGAUAUACUCCAUCUGCGUCACACAAAGGUUUGGCUCAGACCCAACUGGCUCUUCAACCUCACGAAAUAUGGAAAAGAUCAAAUCCGCUUGCUGGAAAUUAUUCACGGACUCAAAAAGGUCAUCGCACGCAAGAAGACAGAGUUUAAAAGUGGCAAGCGCAACGUUAUCGAUAAUGCUACACAAAAUGACACCUCCAAAGCUGCCAAAAACACCUCUGUGGAAGGACUUUCGUUCGGACAGUCGGCCGGUCUGAAGGACGAUCUCGAUGUCGACGAUAAUGAUGUCGGCGAGAAGAAGAGGCAAGCAUUCCUCGAUCUGCUGAUGGAAGCCGGCCAGAAUGGUUCCAUUCUGACGGAUGAGGAGGUCAAGGAGCAAGUCGACACUAUCAUGUUCGAGGGACACGACACGACCGCGGCUGCGUCCAGCUUCUUCCUAUCUAUUAUGGGUUGCCAUCCGGACAUUCAAGAAAAGGUCAUUCAGGAGCUCGAUGAAAUCUUCGGUGAUAGCGACAGGCCUGUGACCUUCCAGGACACACUAGAGAUGAAAUACCUCGAACGGUGUCUUAUGGAGACUCUUCGCCUAUUUCCGCCUGUGCCGCUCAUCGCGCGUAAAAUCAACACUGAUUUGAAACUUGUAUCGGGAGACUACAUAAUUCCAGCUGGAUGUACAGUCGUGGUGACGACCUUUAAGAUGCACCGACAGCCGCAUCUUUAUCCGAACCCAGAAGUCUUCAAUCCCGACAACUUCCUGCCCGAGAAAACCGCUAAUCGACACUAUUACGCCUUCGUUCCGUUCUCCGCCGGACCGCGCUCCUGCGUGGGUCGCAAAUACGCUAUGCUUAAGCUGAAAAUUAUCCUAUCCACGGUCCUGCGAAACUUCCGCGUCAAAUCAGACAUUAAGGAGUCCGACUUCCGGCUUCAGGCCGACAUCAUCCUCAAGCGGGCCGAGGGCUUCAAGAUCAAAUUGGAACCGAGACAGUCAGCGACUGCCAGUGCUUAAACAGCAUGUAUAAUACUUUAAAAGUAAAGCGAUAGAAAGAUGUAACAAAGUGACGAAAUCGCGUUUAAAACUUUUGACCGAAGUGGUCUCGAAAAAUCGCAUUUUGCGCGCGUGCGCAAAAAUUACAUAUAGAUGUUGCAUAUUAUUGAUCUAUAGCAUCGUUAAUCGUUGAAUGAUAUUGUUAAUGUAAUCGCUUACACUGAUAUUUAUCACUUGCAAUAAAUUACACGGCAUAUCCGCCGCGAAAUAUCAAGUCCAA